CACAAACUUCCCACCUCAAUCCGAAAACUGGAAGGGCCCUCUCUCUCUCUCCCUCUAAGCUCUCUCGGAUCGCUGGUGGUGGUGGGGUUUCGAUUUCCCCCUUCAUUUCUGGCCAGUCCAGCUGUUGAAUCAAUUCCUAUCGGAGUGUCGAGGUGAAGUCUAGGAAGGGAGAGAGGGAGAAAGGUCAUGGCUUUGGCAAGCGCUUCUUCUUCGCAGGCAAUCAUAUCAUCAGCCAACGCCUGCUCCUUCACAGCUUCAAACAGGGGAUGGCAAUUCCAGAGCGUCAGGCGGCCAAGUUCGAAGCUUUUCACCGUCCGAGCUUCUUCUUCCGAUGUCGAUUCCGAUUGCAACACCGAAGAAUGUGCUCCUGAGAAGGAGGUUGGGAAGAUAAGCAUGGAGUGGAAGGCCGAGGAGAAAACCAAAGUGGUGGGAACAUUCCCACCUCGCACUCGCGGUGGUCGGCAAUACACAGGCUACGUCGAGAAAGAUACCGCCGGCCAGACCAAUAUCUACCCCGUCGAGCCGACGGUUUAUGUAGCCGAGAGCGCUAUAAGUUCCGGGGCACCAGGUUCUUCAUCCAGCGGAGCAGAAAACACAGCUGCAAUCUCCGGCGGACUUGCCCUGAUUGCCAUCGCUGCAGCUUCGUCGAUUCUGCUUCAGGUCAACAAGAACGCACCACCGCCUCAAGUGCAGACAGCUCAAUACAACGGUCCAUCUUUGACAUACUACAUCAACAAGUACAAGCCACCGGAGGUCGUCCAAGCGGCGGCGGCGCCGCCGGAACCGGAGUCUGCUACGCCACCUGUGCAGACAGAAUCUGCUGCAACAGAAACAGAUUCCGCUGCAUCAGAAGCUCCUCAGGUAGAGGUUAAGUCAGAAGAAUCAUCAACUGCAGCCGAGAACUCUGCGUCUUGAGGCUAACCAAGUUUUGCUCGAUUGCCACCAACUUUUAUCACACCUGUACCCAGCUGAUGUAUAGAUAAUUUUAUCAUUGUAUCUUUCGUAUCGUGAAUGAGAAGAAGCAGAGAUUAUCGUGAUAUGCAGUGUGUUGUUUAUUCGUUUUUAGUUCGUUGGAUUAAAAGAUAUCUCCAACACCAAAUUAGGUUCAUGUUUUGUCACUUCACUUCCAAUCUUAAAUCUUAGACCUAAUUCUGUUUCUGCAAUUCGUCUAUUGUAGGGGAAGUAAAUAGGACACAUUAAU